AUGCCUCUGGCUGGAUUUGACAUCGCCAUUAGGCUCGCGUGGCGGACCAUCCUGUCGCAGGGUAUGGGCGGCCUCGGUCGUCGCCUUCUGCGUUUGGGUGAACGUGCAGGUGCCAAUCCGGAUGAGGUGUCUCGUGUGUACUACGCUGACGGCCGCAUUCAUAUAAGAAAGAAUCGGAUUGGCUUGUGCUUCGACGAGGGUUGCCGCCUACAGGCAACCGACAUGGACCACCUCCACCGCUUGCAUCCGCCUCUCGCCAGCUUCGCUGCCUCAUGGUCUUUGCCUUGGCAACCUCAGGAAGCGGACGGAGUCGCGACGGCGGAGGAGCUGAAGCAAGCGCUCCUCCGGACGACCCUGGAGCUCGAGUCCACUCGCGCCACGGCCAAGGAGGAGCUCCGGAGGAUGGAGUCCCGGGGCCUCCACCUCUCCCGCCUGCUCGAGGCCGCCACCCGAGAGCGCGACGAGGCCCGCCACGCCCUCCUCCUCCUCCUCCUUCACCACACCGACCGCGGUCAACCACUCCAGGAACCCAAGCCCAUCCUCGGCCCCAACUUGGCUUUGGACGAGGGGACUGACGUCGCGGAGGCGGCGGCAGCGGCGGCGGCUGCUACUGCUGCCGCGGAGGACGUGGUUGAGAGAAGCAACCGGGCAUCUUCGGCGGUGGCGGAGGUGGAGUUGGCGGCAGUGAGGAGGGCGCUGCCGGAAAAGGGGCGACUGGUGGAGGCGGGGCCGUUGCUGUUGUUGAGUCCCGUCCAUAUAUGGCCUUGGACAAUUUGGCCGAUUGAGUCCAAAUCAGCAAAUGAAAGAAAUAAAAAAGAGGAGAGAGAAGCUAUUGGCGGGGCCGUUGCCAUAGUGGUGCCACCGGCCGCCGGACCUGCGCAGCUCCGAGAUCCCGCCUGUGGCCAUCAGUCUGAACUCGAUACCGAAGAGGGAGAAGGACGGGGCCGGGUCUCCGUCGCCGUCCUCCUUUUGGAAUUCCUCAUCAUCCUCUUCCCCAGAAAGUGGCAGUCACCGUAG